AAGAGUGUAGUUUAAAUUUCGAGAAAUAAAAAAAUAAAAGAAAAAACAAAAAAAAAAAAGAGAAAAAAUAAAAAUUUAGAAAUUCCAUCACGUACGGGUUGAUGACAUAUAAAUAACCAAAAAAAAAAAAAACUAAAAGGCAAAAAAAAAAAAUAAAAAAAAAAAUUUUUUUUUUGUAGUGCGGUCGAGGCUUAUUUUCGGUACUUUUUUUUUCAACUUUUAAAAUUUUCCUAUCUUUUCGAUAAAGUGGUGAUGUGAAGAAUAUUGUGGUGAAUUUUGCUUCCCUUUCUUUUUUUUUUUGUUUUUUUUUUUUUAUAUUUUUAUUGUUAUUUUACAAGCAAAUUAAGUAUGUCAAGAGUUUUUUAAUAAACUUGAUAUAAAAAGCAAAAAAAAAAAAAAUUUUUACAACAAACACAAGAAAGGAAAAGAAAAGAUAAAAGAAGCUGAAAAACAACAACAACUACAAUAAUAGCGAAUAACAAUGCAUAGUUUGCCAAAUUGAAAUCAAAUAUAAAAUAUUUUUGGAAUGUCAAAAAACAUUUAAAAUAAAAAUAAAACAAAAAAAAAUUCAACUUUCAAAAUGGUUAAAUUUAAAAGAAAAUUAAAAUUUAUUUGGCAUCAUUUUGAAUUUUUAUCAACUUUUUCAUUAUUAAUAAUAAUAUGUUUGUUACCAGUUCCUUUAAUAAAUGGCGGUGAAGAUGAUAGUUUAUUAUUAAUAAAUAAAAAAUCAAAAUCAUUAUUAUCUGGAUGUCAAUGCCAAUAUGAUAAUAUACAAAAUUUAAUAAUAAAAAGUCCUAUUAUAAUUAAAGCACUCGGAGCUAAAAUAUUCAAUGAUAAAUUUUUUAAUGAUUAUGAAACAAAUGUUAUUAAAAAACAACAACAGCAACAACAAAUUAAUAGUGAAUUAAAUCAAAUGAAAUUUUAUAAUUUUAAUAAAAAAAAAGAUACAUUAAUCAGAUUUAUUAAUAAAAAUAAUAACAAUAAUAAUAAUAAAAAUAAUAAUAUAUAUUUAAAAUGUGCAAAUAAAAAUAAUUUAAAUGUUAUGACAUUAACACCAGAAACAAUAUAUAAAGGUGCAUCAAUAUUAAAAAUUGAUUCGCAAGGUGAUAAAAUAUCAAAAUUUAAUGCAGAUGAUUCAAUCCGAAACAAAAGGCAGUUAAAUGCAGAAUUUGGCCCAAUAGAAUGUUUUAACCAAGGGACCCUCAAUUUAUUGCCAACACAAUUAAUCGUCUUUGGUAAAUUAAUUUCAAACAACCAACAGCAACAACAACAACAACAGCAGCAACAACAACAACAACAGCAACAGCAACAAAAUUACAAUAAUUUUGAUACACUACAGAUUUAUCCCAAUGGUAUUCAUUCGUGGAGUCCUGAAUUGGAAAGUUACAUAUGGAAACAUUUAGGCUGGGAUAAUUGGAGUGAUUUUACAUUAUGCAGUGUCACAUGCGGAAAAGGUGUACAGCAACGUUUUCGUAGAUGUCUCCUUGAUAAUAUAUCAUCAUCAUUAUCAUCAUCAUCAUCCUCAUCAUCAUCAUCAGUAGUAUCAACAUUGAAUCCAAUUACUUUUGUAUAUAAUAAUUCAAAAAAUUCCAAUUCCAAUAACAAUAAUCAAAAUGAUUCUAAAGAAUUAUUUUUAUUACAACAACAAGAACAACCACAACAGCAACAAGAACAGCAAGAACAAAUAUUUUAUCAAAACUCUAAGGAUUUUAUGAAUAAUUACCAUCAGGAGAUAUCAUCUGAAUAUGGUCUACGUAAUGAAUUUCGUUUUAAUUUUGAAAAUAAUGAAUCCAUUAUAAAACAUAAAAAUAAAAUGAUCAAUGGUAGAAAAUUAAAAUUAUUAAAGAAUAAAAAAAAUCAUAAAAAAAGAACAACAAAAGGAAUGACUACAUUAUCCUGUGAAGGUUAUAAUAUAGAACAAAGAAAUUGUAAUAUGUUUGAAUGUGAUGAUUAUCAAAUAGAUCUAUUAAAAUUCUUAAGAAAAACUAUAAUUGAUCCCACCACACCAGCAUUACCAUCAACAGUACAACAACCAUCAGGAGGAUUAUUUUAUUCUUCUGAAAUAAUAAAUAAUGAUCAAAUAAUAAAAACUUCAACAUUAUCUUCAAUUGGGUCACUAUCAUCAUCUUCAUUGUCAUCGUCAUCAUCUACAUCAUCAGCAGCGUCAUCAUCAUCAUUUCCAUCAUCUUUAUCAACAUCGGCAAUACAAUUAAAAAAUUCUGGUUUCAUACAAGGCUGGCAAAAUUCAAUAAAUUUUACUAUUAUGAUUACUUUAAAAUUAAAGGCACCAAGACAAUCGACAAUAUUCGAAUUGAGAAAUUCAACACACAAUUUGUAUUUGGAUCAGAGUGAAAACGGUUUAAAAUUAUUUCAAGAACGUGAUGAAGUUACUGAAAUGCUUCCUAUCAAAUUCGAUUUGUAUGACAAUAGAUGGCAUCAAAUCGCAAUAAGUGUUUUUAAUGGUGAUUUUAUUACAAUGUAUGUUGAUUGUAUGUGGACUAACAGUUUUGUUGUUUCAAAACAUCUUUUUGCCCUACCAAUGAACGCUGAUGUUGAAAUUGGUCGAGAAUAUGCUGGGGAUGAAAUUCAACAAUUAUUAAUAUUACCUGGUAAUCGUGAAAAACAGCAAUGUUCAGCAGAAAGAACCUCCAUAAAUGAAGUUAAAAGAUAUAUAAUUGACACAUUUAUAGAAGAUUAUGGUAAUUAAUAUAAUUGAAAACAAAAAACAAAAUAUCUGAAAUAUUAAAAAAUUAAAAAUAAAAUUUAUUACUAAAAAUUAAAAAAUAAAAAAAAAACAAAUUAAAAAUCUUUCAUAAUGAAAAUUAAAAAUUUAUUUAUUUCAUAUACAUAUAUAUAUAUACACAUAUGUAUAAACACAAAUAUACAUACAAACAUAUUAAAAAACUAUUAAUAAAUAAUUUAAAAAUUGCAUUUAUUAAAACCAAAAAAAAAGCCAAAAACAGACGAUUACAUAUAUUUAUUAGAAAUGUUAUUUUAAAUUAAAUUAUAAUUAAAAUUAUACAUACACAUAUAUAUAUAGGUAAAACAAAUGUAGCGUAAAUAUUAUAAAUCAAAAUAUAAAGUUAAGGCAAAAAAAAAAAUAUUUAAACUAUAAAAAUUAAUUUAUUCCCAUAAAAUCAAAUAAUUAUAGUAAUUUAUAUAAAAUUUAUUAUAUAGUUAGAAUAUUACAAUAUUACAGUGGUUUCACAAAAAAAACAAAAAAAAAAAAAUAAAAAGAAUUUCGGCCAAAUUAACACCUAUUUUUAAGAAAAUUUUUCAAUUAAUGUUGUAAAACUCAUAUUGUAAAUUUUUGAAAUUUUAAAAUAAUUUCUGGAAAAUAAAAAUAUGAAAUCCCAAUUUAAUAUAAAUAUUUUAAGAAUUACGAAAAUUUUCGUAAAUUAACAUACAAAUAUUUGACCACAGCUGAUAUAGCGGGGUUUGAUUGAAAUAUAAAAACUUUUAUGCGGCAAAUUAUUCAGAUUCAAUUCCAAAGAUCGUCAUAAUUAUUUCGAAAAAGCUUUCCUAUUUAUCGUAAAAAUUUCUUAAAAUUACCUCCCAUACUGUAAAAAUCAAAUUAUAAUAUUGUUUUGUGUUCAUAGUUUUUCGACAUCAUAAAUAUAAUUAUACGAUGCCGAACACAAAAUCGGAAAAGCAGAGGAUCCGACAUGUGAUAGAAAAAAUUUUUCAUUGCGUUAUGAUCGGAAUUUAUUUUGAAAUGUGUGCGCGACAAAGUCGUUUCGAAACAUCUAGUUGCCAAUUUAUGUUAUCAAAAAUUUCUUGACAUCUAAAGUAUUUUAUGCGUUUUAUACUGUCGAUAUGGAAGUUAACAUACAUGAUCUGACAUUUUAUUUUAGAUACCAUGGUGCUUAUUCUGAAUUUCGAAUCACUAAGUGAUAGUGAUAAUUAUUAUUAUCAUAAAAAGUUCGAUAUUAUUAUUUUAAACACAAACCAAUUCAUACGACAAAUGGUUCUGUGUAUAAUAAGGUUUUUGAAACUUUUACGAUACAUAUUACUAUCAUUUGUUAUUCGAUACUUGAAUAAACUCCAAUAUCUUAAAAAUUACCCGAAACUGUAAAAAUAAUACAUUGUAUCAAUCAAUUGACAUAUCGUGAAUAAUGUUAAAUAUUUUUCAACCCAAAACAUUAUAUCGGUUUGAAAUUUUUUCGAGGCAAUCUCGAUUUCACCAAUAUACACUUAACUUUUCUAGUCUAUACAAUAUAUUCUUUCAAUUGUUCUUCGAUAUGCCAAGGCUUUUUAAGAUUACGAAACAUGUUUUUAAACCAUCAAUAAAAAAUUAAUCUCAUAAUACAUUUAAGAAUUUUUCUAACACGUAUUUAUAAUUAGCAUUUAUUUAAAUACAUUAAUAAUAUA